CGAAUCCUGCUGCGAGAUCAAUCCCCGACGUAAACAGCCUUUAAGUGGACACUGUGUGUGUGUGUGGGGGGGAUGAACUUCGUUAACACCUCCCCGCAGAGAAACUGGAGGCUGCGUGUCCACGUUCCGGAGGAGCUCCGACCCCCAGAUGCGCAGGAGGAGGAGAGGAGAGCCUCAGGCUGAUGGGAUGCGGAGAGGAGACAGACGGGAUGUGUGAGCGCUCCAUCAAACCUCCACAGAGCCGCAGACAGGGAAGCAACAGCCAAACACAGGACUCCCGCUCCCCAGUGAUCCGUGUCACCAUGCCAACUUUUACGAUCCUCACAGCAACCAGGAGUCCUCAGAGAAGCUGCUGAGUUUACAAGCGCAUUCACGUCCCUGUUAGCCAUAAAGUGCGAUCACAUCAGCCCUGACAGAGCGACCGGGGGGGCAGAAAUGGUUUUCCAGUGGACGUUUCUCAUCAUUCUUACGCUGCUUGAGAGGACAGGACUGGUUGGUGGGUGCGUUUGUCCACCGGCCACCGUCCUGUCUCAGUUCCCCUCGGAGGUUCCAGCUGGAGCGUGCUGCUUGAACUUCUCUGGCUCUGCCGUCAGCCUCGUGCACUGGUCCGUGUUCACCAAUGACACAAACCUACAGACCCUGGAUCUCUCCAACUGUAACAUCAGCUCUAUCGACCUCGACGGGAAGGAAUCUUCCACGCUGCAGAAGGUCCACUUGAAUGGUAACAGACUGACGACGCUGCCGAGGCUCUUUCUUUCCAGCCAGCCCAGCUUGACCGAGGUGAACCUGAGCGAGAACUUUCUCCAGGAGCUUCCUGAGGGCUUCCUGAGGGGCUCCGACAGCCUCCAGAGGCUCAGCCUGCGGGGGAACCGGCUGCGUUAUCUCCCCGGAGCCUUGCUGCAGGUGUCCAGCCUGCGGAGGCUGGAGCUGGAUGGAAACCUCUGGGACUGUUCCUGUUCCUUACUGGAAGGUCUGGAGGCUGGCGGGCGGGCCAACAGGACCACCAAACUGCAGGAUCUGGUGGGGAACCUGACCUGCUCCUCCCCUCGGCACCUCGCCGGCCGGACGGUCUGGUCGGUGAACAUCAACGACGCGUGCCGCCCGGCCGGCCUGACGGUGCUCUUCAUCGCGCUGCCCCUGGUGGUGCUCGCCGCCCUGCUGCUCUGCUGGUGCUGCGGGAGGAAGAGGAGGAAGAAAGAAACCCCGGCCUUCAGCUCCUCAAAGAAGAGGGCCUCCAGCUGCAACGGCCAGAAAAGCCACGGCAAGCAGCACCUCCCGGGGGCCGAGCAGGCCAGGGCCGGGGGCGGCCCCAAAGGGGGCAUCCUGAAGAACCUGGGCAGCUCCAGGGACAUCUACGAGGAGGUGCAGGUCAAGCUGGGCUCCGCGGAGUCUCUCCCUCCGGUCUCCUCCUUCUGCUCCAGCUCCACGGAGGGGAGGCAGGGCUCCCAGGAGCCCGACGCCGCCAGCCGGACGGAGCUGGACACGGUCAGCGUGACGGAGGUGAUGAAGGACUCGGCCGACAGGGAGAAGGCCUACAUGACCCAGUCCACCGAGUACUACAGCCUGGUGCCGGGCAUCGAGCUGGAGGACUCGGACCACGCCGAGUACGAGAGCGUCGACCUCUCCUGACCCCAUCGUUGUGGAGAAGUAUCCUCCUGUUUCAUGCCGGAGAAUCGUCUGCCACAGAGUCUUUUGGCCUCAUGUUCGUAGACUGUGGUGAUGUGCGUUUCCGGGGCGGCGUCGCCGUGUUGGGUGAUCACAAAGCAGAGCGACAAAGAAACUGCUGCUGAUCGCACAACAAAACUACCCUUAGUCUGUUUGAAAAAGAGCAGCUCUACACGUCAUUACAAGCCAAACGAUUGUUGGCAUUAAUGACAAUUUAAAUGAAUGCCAGAACUCACACAGUGAUGACUUAAACACUCAUCAGGAUGAAUGAAUGAACGAGUGACUGUGGGACGUCUGUUAGUUAACCUAAAUGUAAAAAACCAUCCUGCAUAACUUCACUCCUAACACAAAGUAACAAUUUCCUCUACAUUUACCUGCACUGAUGCCUAUGUUGUUACAUAGAUUUGCCUAUCUUAACACACACACACUGGAAACAAAGACUGACUGUAAAUCUGCCUUUUGAGCAAAGACUGAUUUUUAAAUAUUUUAAACUGCUUUUUAAUCUGCUUUUGAAAUGUGUGCAUAUGUUUUUGUGUUAAACCCGGAACACACAAAUCAGAAAACCACCGGAGCCGGUUAGCUGAAGGUAAAAAUGUUGGCUCUGUGUCUAAGUUGCUCACAACACUGCCUUCAAAGGCAAAUAGUAACUACAAACAGGGUUUUAUAUUGAGGGCCCUUCAGUGUACUGCGCAGAAGCUGUACAACUCUAAACAUCGGUCACAGAUGUUUAGACUCUGAAGUAUGCUAGCAAUUCUCUUUUAAGGCUGCAUUCAACAAAGCGUUUCCAUCAAGCCUUUUCUUGAAUAGUGAUGUCUGAGUGAUGUGUCUGCUUGUUCUCUCACAGGAUGCUGAGUCAAAACAACCAUCGCUUUAUGGGUUUCCCUCUGAUCUUGCAAUGUAAUUAAAAAGCUCUGUUGAAUUUCAAAGGCCUCGAUGUAAUGAUGUCACCCUGUUAAAUAUUUGCAUGAUGUCAGAUGUUUAUUUUAUUUUUCUCUGAUCCAGACAGCUGACCAAUGGAAAAUGGACAUUUCAGGACAGUGUGAUUUGAUUCAAA